AUGGUGAAGGUGAAUGAGAGCUGGGAAACCCGGGCCUUUGAAGCUGCCGAGCGGCGAAGGGUGACAAAGGAACGAAAAGAAGAAAAGAGCCGAAAGCGAUCUCAUAAAUUAAAUGCUCAGAAUUUGUUGACACGCUUGGAUGAGAUUGGCGAAAGAUUAUUGACAAAGUCCCUGGACAAAGCAAAACCGCUUGACAUCCAUAUUUGGACCGAUUCCCUACCUUCAGAUUACGUUAUUGCAGAUGAAUACACGGAUGACAUGACGAUGACACCGACCAAGAAAGGAAGAGCGAGGUCCAAUUCAUAUGCCACAUCUUCCCCAUCCACACCCAUUAGUGCCAAGCAAAAUCGGCGAAACCGAUCAAACUCCUAUACUGCGCCACACUCAUCGCCUCAGAAAGGGAGCAAAAAGAACAAGACUGGUCAAGAUUAUGUUUUAGGUCGAAAAGGGGGGAGGCAACGAAGCAUGUCUAACGUUUCAGAUAGAAGUGAGGAAGAACAAAUCCCAACGAUGUGUUCCCAACACUUUUUCGCUGGAAAGGAUACGAGCGGGGGCAAGAAACUAAAGAAAAAAGGAUCGAAUCUGUCUGCAACCUCAGUUUCAAAGCAAAACAUCAGUCUCUUUCAGGUAUUGACAAGUUCCAAACUCUCAGAAGAAAAGUGUACACUAGGACGAGAUGCAUUGGAAGCUUGCAAGGCGGCAAGCAAGGCCAAUUUUGCCUCGGAGAUCCUUACCUUGACCGAUCAAAUGCCAGCAAUAUACUAUUUGACCAUGAAACUCGGCAAGACCACAGAGAAUCCACCAAAGGUUUCUGAGGAGAUCAGCAGUUUGCUAUCGAAACAGGAUUGUCCAAUUGCCAGUAUUGUCUACCUGGUUAUUGACGGCAUGCUUCUUUUUGAUCGAUACAGGGAUGGGAUCGUUCUGACCAAUAGUGGAGAACAUUUACUAUACAAAGAUUGCAACGGGGUUGGAUUCAAGAGACGGACCGUGUCGAUUGGAGGAUACGCAGAUACCACCCAAGGACCAAACGAAGAUAUUCUGGAUCAUCAUCAGAACAUGGUCCGAUAUCUGCCCAGUCAAAUAUUGGAAUAUAUUGUUUUAUUUCUACCAGACGAAUCAGUUUCCUCCAUGCCAUUGGUUUGCAAGUCUUGGUACGACGAAAUUGGCAAGUCGUCCCCAGAUUUGUGGAUUCAGCUUUUGCGGCGCCGGCAGUGGCCUCGAAACGAUCUUGCAUUGUCGCUAGAGCCGUCAGAGGAACGAGAUUUUUAUCGUCGCACAUUCCGUUCGCAUUUUUCAGCAGCACGUAAUCUUGACACGAUUGUGCAAGGUCUGGAAGCAAUCGAGGCCGGCUGCAGGUCGUCGGCUCCAUCCAAGCCAAUGGCAAAGGAUGUUGCUAUACUCCGCGAGAAGGAUAGUCAUGGGCACUACAAGCCAGGAGAAACAAUUUUGCGUGUAUUCUCCGAGGCAUGCGUAUUGGUGGCCGACAAAACGGAUUGCACGUUGAGCCUCUAUGACGUCGCCGAAACCAACGGUAGUGCCGAUCGUAGGUGUCGGAGGAAGCUAUCAGUGUUUGUAGCACCUCUUGGUCAUUCCAAGAAAAACAAAUGUUUGCUAAAUUCCAUGGAUUUGGAUGACGAAACGAUUGGAUGCUUGUUUUCGGUCGGAGGAAGUGAGAAUCGCAAAACGAUGCUUGGGGUCGUCAACCGGCAGUCAUUUCAGUCAGCUGCGGGUCGUGGUGGAGGAACCUCGCAAUUGGAAGAAGGUUCUCUGCAAUCCUUCGAUUUACAAGAGAAAAUAAUUGACUGCUUGGUUUCCUGUGACGACGAGGAAGUAACUGGGUGGAUUUAUAGCAAUCUACUCGGCGAAGAUGGACUGGACUUGUCACCGAUCGAGUGCGAUAUCAAGGAGAACAUUGUGGCUUGUGGGAGCAGUCAAUUUCUGUUCGAGGCUGCAAUUAUGGUGCCGAUGACGUUUGGCGAUGAUCACGAUGACCCGGACUUAAUAUCAACUGCGCUUCUAAGACUCUUUCUUUUCGACGCAAAACGAGGGGGUGUUGUAUGGGUGGGCCCGUCAGGUAUCGGAGGCACUGCCACGAUGCAAUUCUGGUAUCCACUGAAGAAUUCAAUUGCCCGUAACUCUAGUCCUCAGUUGGAUUCUGAACACUCGCAUCCAUAUUCAGAAACCGUCUUUGUUUCUCGAGUAUCCGCAGACCUUUCUUCCAUCCUUGUCAGUGAAGAAGGAGAUGUGGUUUGUAUGAAAGUGGGCAAGAACACGACUUCAGAUUCCUUUUCUGAUGAUGGUGGCAUGUGGCAUCGGAGCCCGGAGCACAAUCGCGUGGUUAUUGCGACUUCGUCCGAUAUUGUCGUUGCGGAAUGCUACAGUCACGUCGCACGGGACACAACAAGAUUGUCCCAUAAAUCUGUCUUCACGUUCUAUCCCACUGCAGAUAGCGAGCACAAUCAAAUACAACAACUUUCUGUCGAGGGAAGCUGCUUUGAAUUUCCCAUUGAGACGCUUCGAGGUAAUCACAUUAUUGCCUUUACUACAUCAGACGCAUCCCCUGGUGCGGACUGCGAUAAGAUGCUCACUGCUCUUUUGAUCAAUGUCCAAUCACGUGCCAUGAUCUAUCGAAUACAAAUCGAGGAUUCGUUCGAAUUCAUCGAGAGCUCGUCUGAAUUUGCUCUCACGUGUCACCAGCAUACAGUUGCAGUUGCAACGAACAAUGGCUUGGUCUUGGCCGGGCAAGAUGUCAGGGCAUUUACGAAUGCAGCUUCUAGCAAGAGAAGGCGGCCUGAAAAGAAGAAAAAGAAGGCAGGGUAUGGGAAGCAGAAAAAGGAUGUUUUUGCACGAGGUAUGCGUCAGACGUUAGGGUAA